AUGACAUCCGCCCCGACAAUUCUGGCAACGUGCAAGCAGACACGGUUUCAUCUGCUAGAUGAUAAUCCUUCGCAGGAGAUUGAUGUGGAUGGACUUAACAUUGUCGUCACAUCACCUGCACCUGAAUCCACCGAAGAUGAAUCAAAAUCAAAGACCAAAGGAAAAUCAAAGGCCAAAGCUACAGGGAGGGAGCUCAUCUCAGACGGGCACCUACGACUCAAAGCAGGCGUUCACUAUGGGCUGCUAGGUCGCAACGGAACUGGGAAGUCAACGCUCCUCCGGGCAAUGGCAGAGAAACUCAUCCCUGGCAUCCCGCAUGCGACUCGCAUGGCAAUUUUGCAGCAGACGGACGAACAGGGUGACAAAACCUUCGGCGAAGACCCUAAUCAGGACAAAACUGUUUUGGAAGCAGUUCUCAGCAGCGAUGCAACUAGGAACGAGGCUGUUCGGAUGGCGGAAUUCCUAUCGAAAAGCUUUGAGACUGAAGAUCCAAUGCAGCCUGUGCGGGCGAUCCGCAAAAUCCGACACCAGAAAGCAGAAAAGCAUCUCUUUCUGGCACACAAGAACGCAAGCCUGAAGAGCGGUGCUCGAGGUCUACAAGCAAGAAAAGACUUGAAGGCUGCCGAGGGGAAGCUGGAGGCUACAUCGGAGAUGUUGACCCAGGAUGUAGACGCCAUCGAUGCGGAGACAGUCCAGUUGGAUACCCAAGCUGCCGUUGAGACACUACAAAAUUUACAGUCUCAACUUGAAGAUAUGAAACUUGCCGAUAUGGAGCAACAAGCUCGUCGUGUUCUCCUUGGGCUCGGCUUCAAAGAAGACGGAUUCGAGAAGAAGGUCUCUACGCUCUCAGGUGGUUGGCGUAUGCGAUGUAUGCUAGCCAGCGUUCUGGUCCAAGAUCCCGAUAUCAUGAUCCUCGACGAGCCGACCAACUUCCUGGAUCUUCUGGGAGUAGUGUGGCUGGAGAACUACCUGAAACAACUCCGCGACACAUCAGAAACAACCAUCGUCUUGGUCUCACACGACAGGGAUUUCAUCAAUGCUGUCUGCGAGGAGAUUGUCAUCCUCCGAGAUCAGAAACUGACAUAUUUCCGAGGAAACUUGUCUGCAUACGAGCAAGAUUUCGAGGAACAGAAGCUCUACCUGGGGCGCAUGAAGGAGGCUCAAGAGCGGCAGGUUGCGCAUAUGGAAGCUAGUAUCCGGGAGAAUAUGAAAAUUGGGAAGAAGACCAAUGAUGAAAACAAGCUGCGACAAGCUAAGUCGCGGCAGAAGAAAGUCGAUGAUCGGAUGGGUCUUCAAGUCAGCGCGAACGGGGGGCGUUUCAAGCUGAACCGUGAUCUAGUCGGAUACCAUCUUCAUAAUCGAGCUGAGAUCGACGUUCCGACAGAUGAAAAGGGCGCGACUAUGAGUUUGCCCGAUGCGACGGAAUUGCGGUUCCCUGGACCGUUGGUAUCGCUUGAGGGUAUUGUUUUCCAGUACAAGAAAACCGACCGCGUCAUCCUGGAUGACGUGAACUUGGUCGUUCAUUUGGGUGAUCGUGUCGGGAUCAUGGGUCUCAAUGGUUCAGGGAAGACGACUCUGCUCCGUGUUCUGACAGGACAGGUAUCUCCUUCCAAGGGCAAGGUGUCAACUCACUCCCGGUUGAAGGUGGGCUACUAUAGCCAACAUUCCGUGGAAGAGCUGCAAGAGCGUGGCCGAGGCGAGCCUAGUUUAACUGCGCUGGGCUUAUUGACGAUUGAGACCGAAGGAUCCUUGAAUGAGGGGGCUAUCAGAGGUCUACUUGCUUCAAUGGGGUUAGCAGGUCGUAUUGCAUCUGAUGUCCCUGUUGCGAAACUAUCUGGUGGACAACUGGUCCGCCUUGCAUUAGCUCGAAUCGUCUGGAGUGCACCACAGCUUCUCAUUCUUGAUGAAAUCACCACGCAUUUGGAUUUCCAUACUGUCACUGCAUUAGCUACGGCUCUCUCCUCAUUCAAUGGUGCCGUCCUGCUAAUUUCACACGAUCGUUUCCUCGUUCGGUCUGUAAUUGAGGGCAAACGAGACACCGAGCAUAAACUUGAUGAAGACUUCGAAGGACUGGAGGAGGAGGAAAUCGAAGAAACGCCAAGGCGUCGGUCGGUCUAUGUGAUUAAACAAGGCAAGAUGAACGAACAGAAGAAUGGGGUGGAGCAGUUCGAAAAGAGCUUGGUGAAACGGGUGCAGAAGUUGUUAGGGAGUAUAGAUUAG